AUGUGACCAUUCCCUACAUCCCAUAAUUCCCUGUCGUGCCAGUCAUCCCACAGAUCUACAGAGCACCGAACCCCAGAAAGGAAAGAAAGGAUGGUGUGAUCAUGCUGUGGUUCAGAGGAAAAAGCUGCUGUGGUCACGUCCCUAACAAAACUAUUUUCUGAACAAACCUCUGAUCAGAAGAGCAAGGACACAGAUCCGGUGUGUAUGCGAGAGUGAGAGUGUGUGGGACGUGGUGCACAUCACUAUCUGGUAAAGGGGCCAGAGUGUGACGCGAGACAAACAGACAAAAUGGAGCAAAGGAUGAAGGUUCUGCUUUGGGUUGCCUGGUUCAGUAGCAUGUUCGCUCUCGCAGGGGCUUCUGAGGCAGAGCGGAGGCUGUUGCAGAAUCUGUUUCAGGAUUAUAACCUGAAGGUGCGUCCUGCUCGGGCCUGGAACGAGACAGUGAUGGUCAGAGUCGGGAUGACGCUGGUGCAGCUUAUUAGUCUGGAUGAGAAGAAUGGAGAGAUGGCAACCAAUGUAUUCAUGAACAUGGCUUGGUCUGACUACAGGUUGUCGUGGAAUCCAAAGGACUACGACAAUAUUGAUGUUAUCCGAGUCCCGCCGACCAAAGUAUGGCGUCCAGACAUUUACCUAAUCAACAAUAACGAUGGGCAGUUUGACGUCGCUCUUUAUGUGAAUGUGCUGGUUAAUAGUGAUGGCACGGUUUCCUGGCUGCCUCCAGCUAUAUAUCGCAGCUCCUGUUCUAUUGAGGUGGCCUAUUUCCCCUUUGAUUGGCAGAAUUGUUCGAUGGUGUUUCGCUCAUAUACGUAUGACGCCUCAGAGGUGGACCUGCAGUACGGCCUGGAUGAGGAUGGAAAAGAGAUUCAUGAGAUAGUCAUAGAUGAAAAUGCUUUCACUGAGAAUGGAGAGUGGCAGAUCUGCCAUAAACCCAGCAGGAAGAACACCCAGGAGGACCUCUAUGAAGACAUCACCUUCUACCUGAUUAUCAAGAGGAAACCACUUUUCUACAUCAUCAACAUCAUUGUGCCCUGCAUCCUUACUAGUGUGCUGGCUAUAUUUGUGUUCUAUCUGCCACCAGGGGCAGGAGAGAAAAUGACUCUGUCCAUCUCUGUUCUUAUUGCCCUCACUGUCUUCAUGCUCCUGCUGGCUGAUAGAGUCCCUGAGACAUCUCUGGGAAUCCCAAUUAUUGUGAAUUAUGUGAUGUUUACAAUGAUCCUGGUGACCUUCUCAGUCAUCCUCAGUGUUGUGGUGUUAAACCUGCACCACAGAACCCCCAGCACACAUUAUAUGCCCAACUGGGUGCGCAAGGUAUUCAUCAACUUCCUGCCUCCCUAUUUGGGUGUGCUCAGACCCCACCCAGAAGAACCUGUGCAGAUGGAGGAGCCUAAACAGGACCCUCCUAUUGCCCAUUUUGACCACAACUUCAGGCCCGGAGGAGAAUAUUUCAUCCGCAAGAUAAAUCCUGAACUGAUCGCACCAUGGAGGGGGAGUCACUCUGACAACACUGUGCAGCUGCAGAGGAUUUUUGACAGUGACAGCUUCUGUCUGAUCCUGCCUCCUGAUCUUAAAUCCGCCAUCUCUGCCAUCACUUACAUGGCUGACCAACUGAAAAAACAAGAUCUAGAUGAUACUAUGACUGAUGACUGGCAGUACAUCGCCAUGGUAGUGGACCGCCUCUUCCUCUGGCUUUUCAUCAUUAUCACCACCCUGGGCACUCUUGCUAUGUUUCUGGAUGCCAGCUUCAAUCACACGCCUGUGGACCCUUUCCCAUGAGGAAACCUGACUAAAAGCACACCCACACACACACACACAGUAUCACCACAUCAUCAGUAAUCAUUGCUCCAGCUUUUGCCUAAUAACUGAGGAACAUAUCUUAGUGCACACGCUAUAUUUUUUUCAGCUUGUAGUUCCUACAACAAAUCAGAAGAGGGUACUAGAGUCUGAUUUGUGGGGUACAGUCAAUACAGACGUUAGUAUUGUAUUUUGUUCUAGUUUCAGUCUUGCAUGGACACAUGAUCAAAUGAUUUUCCUACUUCUGACACGUUCUUCAGAUUCCUUGGAUCCGAUCACUCAUGUCUUUAUAUAAUUCCUGACUUUUCAUCUGCUAAGUUGAUGGUGUCACCGAGGUGGGUGUGUAUAGGGAACAUGGUUACUCUUGUAAAUGAGAGGAAAUAAUAUUUUGUACAUUAUGCAGUGUCUGAUUAAAAUGUCUAAUGCAUUGCUGUAAAAAAAAAAAAAAAAAAAAAGCAUUCUCUCUGAGUCAGUGUGAAAACACGAAGAGAAAUUUUAUUUGUGAAUAAAAUACACUCACAAGACACUUUAUUAGGAACACCUGUCCAUCUACUUAUACAUGCAGUUAUCCAAUCUGCGAAGAGCAACGCAUAAAACCAUGUUGAUAUCAAACAUAAGUAUGGGGGGGGGCAAUCUGAUCUUGCCAUAUUUGUUAGUGAAAGAUGAGCUGAUUUAAGAUCUGAUUUGCCUGAUAUUUUUACAAUCAUCUGUCCACUUCCAGUGAACCUGCGCUUACUGUAACCUCAGAUUCUUGCUCUCUGCUCAUGUGGUUGUCUGCUGUUGUAAACAUGCACCUAAAGAUUUGGUGUGUUAUGCAUUGUGAGAUGUUUUCGGCUCACCACGGAUGUAAAGAAUGCAUAUUUGAGUUACUUAUCAGCUCAAACCAGCCUGUCCUCUGAGUUCUCAUAUUAACAAGGCAUUUCUGGCUACCACUAACUAGAUGCUUUUCCUCUACCUCAUUCAGUGUAGUUUCUCAAAUCUGGCAAAAACAACCAUGCCUCGAGCAAUUAAGAUUUGCCACCUGCCAUCUUUUCACAUUUUCCACCAGUUAUUCGAUGUUCAAUCUGGUUCUCGAUCUGGAUAUUACCUGAAACUUUGUAUGAAUUUAUGUAUUGCACUACAGCCACAUGAUUGGCUGACUGGAUAAUUGCAUAAAGGAGCUUUACAGUUUGUUCAUAUUAAAGUGAAGUGAAGGCUCAGGAUUUACUUCACCAGUUAAUUACUAGGCUUAGAAAGUGUGUUUGAGCAGGGAAUACACCAUUUUCACAUAUAUAACCUUAGGAAAGAGAUGUUUUGACUCGUUCCACCCUUCUCUCUCUCUCUCUCUCUCUCUCUCUUUCUCUUAUGCUGUAUCUUCCAGUCUCUCUUCAUUCCUGUCUCAGGCAUAACUAUGAUCAGGAGUGUUGUACAACUAUAUACAUACAUGAGAUAAUAAACUACAGGAAAUGUAAUUUAUAUAAUUAAGUUACAAGUUAUUAAAA